AUGGGGGUUGGCUUGUGCCAUCCGAAGUCGACGACUGCACUGCAUGCAGAGCAACUGGAAAAGCUGGAGGCGGUGCCGACGGAGGGACCCGCCUCUGCCUCUGCGCCCAAGAUGCCGCUGCUGGUGGAGCCGCACGACACGAAAAGCACCUGCCAGCCUGCACCUGCCGACCCCUCUCCCGUAAAUGAGAGAGAGGUAAAUGGGCGUUGCUCUAGCUUAUCGAGAAGCACGAUAAUUGAGGGCUGCGGCAGCCCGGGAUGGGCCCCCGGCACGCGCACGUUUGCUGGCAGGGACGACUCAGCGCAUCGCGGUGCCUCACCCAAGACGGGGGCCCUGGCAACAGAUUCCAUCUUUGACGCCAGCUUCCAACAUGGGUCGGAUGUCGCGAGUCGCACGUUUAACUGCACAUCAGCGGCACACAGCAGCAACACGAGUCCCUUGUCUCUGCGGGGUACUCGUACAGGCAAGCCGGGCUCUCUCAGUGUCACAGAUAUGCACACCAUCACCAAUGGUGUGGCGGACCACACUCGUAGUAUCGACGGCCCAGCUGAUGCGCUGCAGCCGAGUAGUAUUUUGCGGCGUAGCAGCGGCUGGACCAACAGCAGAUCGCCGCUGGCACAGAAUCGCCCUCCGAGCAUCGAACACUGGAGCUCGUCACAGAGCUCAGGGCCGCAGACGACGCUUGUGCCUAGCCGUGGCAGUGUCUGUUUCUUGGGCAGCGACGGGAAGGCUGCCAAGCCGCAGGGGACAGGAUCGAACGAAGUGAGCCACCAAGGAGACCAGGAUAGGCUGAAGGAGACCUCAGACGGCGCAGGGACAUCGACGGGCACCCCCACCUCUCAGGGCAACCGCCAACGAGUACCACGCUCGCUGAUCGCAGAAAAUGCCGGGGCAGAUGGUGGAUCUCCAAAGAAGAAAACGGACGCAAAAUUUUGCAGUCCGGCGCCCACAGCGGCGUCGGUGUCUCGCGAAACGCCCUCUCCGUGGCCUUCCGUCGAGGGCCCACCUUCGAGUCCGUCACAUAACAACGGCUUCUUCAAUGACCUGACAUACUUCUGCUUCAGUGACAACAAUGACCAAUCCGGUGUCUUCUAUGACAACGGCGGAAGCGGGGAGAUGCCGCCGGCAGCUCCACUGCUCACUGCCACCUCCCGUGCCUCCCAAUCACCGAAGAGCAUUCUUCUGAGACCGAGUGCGAACACAAGCGGAGUCGGCGGCCUGUGGGCACCUCAGUGCCCCGCUAGCCUACCCUGGCAAGACUCAGUUUCAUCCGGGCUUCGUCGCGUCAGUCGUCGCCGGAAGGGCGAGCAAGACAGGCUCCUCUCGGAGCGACGACCCAGCUUUGAUGUGGGGCUGCCACACUGUCCCAGCAGUUCUGGGCUGCAUCGAUCCAGCCGUGAUGAGGACAGCGGUAGAGACAACGAACAAAUCAUUGCCAGUGUACGGCGAACCAUGAUGCGCCUACAGCGCUCCGAUGGGGCCGGUAGUGUAUGCAGCAACAGCCCUAGUCGGCAUGGAGGCCGAUUGAGCUCCGCUGACAUUAACGCACGUGCACUCCGCACUGCGGAGAGGAUAAGCGAUGCCAUGCUCUCUGUACCCAAGGCAGUGAAGAUGAUAGUAGAAAGCAAGGGCUCCAUGUCAUGCUCUGCGACCUCCGACAGCGGUUCUACGGAAACUAUGCGCGGCGCGCGGGCGCCUGCGCCCGAUCCGAAGAAUCCGACUACUAGCCAGUAG